CGUGAUGAUGUGAAUGUCUGCUCAGUUUUUCAGGUGACCACGGCUCGUCCUCCAGCAUCCGCUAUGUGGAGACGCAGUCCAUGCAGAUCGGAGCCUCCUACAUGAUCCAGUUCCAGCUGGUGAUGGGCUGCGGGCGCGAGCCGUCGCCACACAUCGACACGCAGGUGCGGCUGGAGUUCUCCACCAAUCACGGCCUGACCUGGCAUCUGGUCAAAGAUGCGUGUCUGCCCGGCAUGCCCAGCUGCUCAGAGUUCACUGCGCCCAGUGUCUACCACCCGUCUGAGUUCAGCGACUGGAGGCGCAUCACGCUCCCGCUGCCGUACAAGACCUGGUCUUCAGCGACGCGUUUCCGCUGGAUCCAGAGCUACUAUCAGGAGCAGGACGAGUGGGCGCUGGACGACAUCUACAUCGGGCAGCAGUGUCCACAGAUGUGCCACGGCCACGGCUGGUGCGAUCAUGGACACUGCAGGUCAGUAACACACACACACACCGCCGACACACUGAUGAGUCUCAAGCCGGAUCUCCUGAUGCUGAGAUCUCCUAAUGCUCUGCUGUUUCUCUGAUUCUGUCUACAUGAG